UCCUACUUAUAUCAGUACACUCGUAAACACGUAAGCAGUACGAAACUUCUAUUCGAUCAACUAAAGCUUACGUAGCAAAUAAACUCUCUCAUUGAACUCCAUACCAAAACUCCUUGCUUGGUGGGCGAAACGAGGAUAAAAAAAACGCCACCUGCUAGAGUGAGACAGAUUUUCCACCGAGGUGGGCCUCUAUUCCUCUUCCUCUCUGCAUGUAGUCAAGUCAGACAAUGUUUAUACACAUGAUGCAACACACUUUGAAAGGUGGUGAACAACGUUGGUUUAAGUCUUGAUAAAAGUGAUCCGCUUGAACCAAGAGGCCAGGGUUCCGGUGUAGAAGCACGGUUUGAACGGCUCCUAUAGUUUUGCUUCGGUACUGCAGUUUAAAACUGACGCCAGGCCCAGAAAGACCAUUUCCAUAGAUGGCCACAUAGAGAAGUCAGAUUUGAAAAUUCCUACUGAGACACUUUAGUCAUCACCUUUGUGCACAAAACGUCCAUUGAGUUAUUCAAAUAAUUAUCGAUGAGUCCAAUUUUUUCCCCAUCACUCACAGCCAAUGUCUGCCAUGUUUUUGGAUUACCUAAUCGCUGCAAUUUGGAUAUAGUUGAACCAUGAAUCAGGGUGUGCAAGCCUGAGUAGAUUACCUUGAAAACAAAGGUCGGKCAUCUUGGAUACGGUCUCCAGCUGUUAUUAUACCUCAGUGGCUUGGAUUAUCCAAUGUCUUUAACCCUUAGUGUGCCCUGGGUGUUUUCAGCUGCCAGUGGUUUGUACCUAUUUAUUGUUUAACUUUCUUUGCAGUUUAAAAAUAAAUUUACAACAUUAUUCUCAGUCAUUGUGUAAGCCUUUUGAAGUCGUAUCACAUGCUGACAGCCUUAAACAGGAGUCACUUAUCAUUGUCAACCUUCUUUGAAAGUUGAUCUAACAUUUUAGAUGAGAUAAAGUCAUUGCCUAAAAUUACUCAAAAUACGCCAAUUUAUGCGCAUUUUAAGGUAUGCAGGCUAAAUGUCACUGUUCUAUCGCUCCUCCCGCCCGACACUCCCCCAAUUACCUACUUCCCCUCUUCCAUAGAACCUAAUAAGUGAUCAACUCCAGGACAGAAAAUGGCGACGGAGGGGAGCCGGACCUCGUCGUCGGGAAUGUAUGAAUCGAAUAACGGCACAAACGUUGGAAGUGGUCCUCAGGGAAACUCAAACACUCCUGGUCUUCCAAGCUGUCCCGGUAAGGCGAAGAGUAGUACCGGGGAAAACUCGCAAUGGAGACGUAAAGAGCUACGGAAAGUCCGAAGUGUGGAUCUGGAUAAGCCUGAGUCGCUGCUCCUGUCUCCCGAGACGGGGACUGCUCCGAUAUCAGUGCAGCUGCACUUGUCUAUAUCCUCGCCUGGUGCGGUCCAGGCUACUUUAUUAGAGCAAACUCACUACAUUCAGCAGAGCAACUCAUUAACUUUUCACCCUGUCUCAGAUAACGCUCAGGAAUUGUUGAACACUUAUUUAAAAAACAGCAGCGACCAUCUCAGUCCCGAUAAUGGUGCUACCCGAACUUCAAUAGAAGUGAGCGCUACACAAAAUAGUCGCGACAUGGAGAGUAAAGACACCCUGCGAGGCCUGCAGAAGAUUGAGGACCGCCCUGAGGAGAGGAUGAUCCGGGAGAAGCUCAAAGCCACCUGCAUGCCCACCUGGAAGCACGAAUGGCUGGAGAGACGCAGUAGGAGGGGCCCUGUGGUGGUGAAGCCCGUCCCUCUGCGACCGGACGGGAGCGAGGCAGGUUGCAAGGGGGCCGAGGAUGAAUCCAACACGCUCACCAACGCUUCCCCCCAGAAAAGCGGUGGCCGCCGCAGCCCCUCCCCCGGACAACCCUCUUCCUCCUCCUCCUCCUCUUCUGGCAGGGCCUGCGGGAAGCCUGAGUCCCCAGGGGUGCACAGGAAGAGGGCCUCGCCCGUGCCAUUUCAGAGUGGCAGGGUGACGCCCCCUCGCCGGGUGCCCUCCCCAGACGGAUUCUCCCCCUACAGUCCCGAGGAGACUAGUCGCCGUGUCAACAAGGUCAUGAGGGCCCGCCUCUACCUACUGCAGCAGAUAGGCCCCAACUCCUUCCUGAUUGGAGGAGACAGCCCUGACAACAAAUACAGGGUGUUCAUUGGCCCACAGACCUGUAGCUGUGGCCGAGGGGCGUUCUGUAUCCACGUCCUCUUCGUCAUGCUCCGAGUCUUCCAGCUGGAGCCCUCAGACCCCCUGCUCUGGAGGAAAAACCUCAAAAACUUUGAGGUGGAGAGCUUGUUCCAGAAGUAUCACAAUCGCCGCAGUUCGCGCAUCAAGGCGCCAUCGCGCAACACCAUCCAGAAGUUUGUGUUGCGCAUGUCUAACCCCCACACGCCCUGUCCAUCCAGCACCUCCAGCGCCUCCAGCAACGAGAGCAGUAGUCUGAAGGAUGAGGAGGAGCAGAUGUGUCCUAUCUGUCUAUUGGACAUGCUGGACGAGGAGAGUCUGACUGUGUGUGAGGAGGGCUGCAGGAACAAGCUGCACCACCACUGCAUGUCCAUUUGGGCUGAGGAAUGCCGGCAGAACCACGAGACGCUCAUUUGCCCCCUCUGUAGAGCCAAGUGGAAGUCCGAUGAUUUUUACAGCCAUGACCCCUCCUCUGUCUCUAUUGAGAACGCUGCAGCGGUGGGUCAUCCCCAGGCGUCAUCAUCGUCCCACAGCGAGGGGGACUCCAGAGGCUGGUCAUCGUCCCAGGAUGGGGACUUCACCCUGCCCCAAUUCGGGGUCCAGCAGGUCCCCCUGACCUACAGAGAACUGGCCGAGCCCUGGAUCAAGGUGUUUGGCAUGGAGUUGGUGGGCUGCCUGUUCUCCAGGAACUGGAACAUCCGGGAGAUGGCCCUGCGGCGGCUGUUGCACGACGUCAGUGGCGCGCUCCUCCUGGCCAAUGGCGAGCACUCCUGCCCGGGGGCCGGGCUGGGGGCCGGGGCGGGCUGUACAGAGGUGUCAGGUGAUGUGGUGUUGGAGUCAUGCUGCAGCGUCCUCUCCAUGGUGUGUGCCGACCCUGUCUACAAGGUCUACGUGGCCGCACUGAAAACCUUGCGGGCCAUGCUGGUGUACACGCCCUGCCACUCGGUGUCUGAGCGCACGCGGCUGCAGCAGCUGCUCCAGCCCGUGGUGGAGACUAUCCUUGUCAAAUGUGCCGACGCCAACAGUCGUACCAGCCAGCUGUCAGUGUCAACACUACUGGAGCUGUGUAAAGCCCAGGUGGGAGAGCUGGCCGUGGGCAGAGAGAUCCUCAAAGCAGGUUCCAUCGGUAUUGGCGGGGUCGACUAUGUCCUGAACUGCAUCCUGGGGCCCCAGACGGAGGCCAAUAACUGGCAGGCCCUGCUGGGCCGCCUUUGUCUGAUUGACAGGCUCCUGCUAGAGUUCCCCGCCGAGUUCUACCCCCACAUAGUUUCCGGAGGGGACUGCCACCAGUCUCAGACCCUGGGGGAGAGGUAUCAGAAGCUGCUUCCCUUGCUGAGCUUCYCGCUGCAGUCCACCGACAACUCCCACUCCAUGGUGGGUAAGCUGUCUCGCCGCGUUUUCCUGAGCGCCGCACGCAUGUUGGCCCGCGUGCCGCAUGUCUUUGUCAAACUCCUGGACAUGCUUAGCAUCAUCAGCUCCACGCACUACGCCCGCAUGCGCCGCCGCUUGCUCGCCAUCGCCGAGGAGAUGGACAUCCUGGACACCAUCAAUCUGGGCCUGGAGAUCAUGGAGUACAGCGCCAGUGAGGCACAUGAACUGGUCAGCGCCGCCUUCCUGGAGCCCUCCGCACCUCAGAACUCGCCCAACAUGACCGAGAGCAACACACCAACGCAUACGAUUCAGCUAGCCAGUGGAAAGGGAGGGAGAGGUUGCUUUGGCAAGGUGGGAGCAAGUCCUGAGGARAUAACUGACAGGUUAGCGGCCAUUUCGACUAGCACCUGGCAUCGCGAUAUGGCAGCUUCCGCGUGCAGUGGGGCCCAGGCCGGGCACCCAAAGCUCCCUGUUCGGACACGUAACUGCCCCCUCAGCCAGUUUCUGAACUCCUCCUCUUCCAGCCAAGCCCCUAGCCUCCCCUCACCCUCCACCUCCUUCCCGGGCCCUGACAGCAAUCCCAAACCCCGACCCCAYAGUUUCGUUCCCAGCAAGCUGGCAUCUUCUGCCUCCUCCUGCUCCCCUGGCGCCCAGCGCAUGUUCCACCAGCAGAAGCCCUGUAGCAGCAAGGACCCUGAGAAGCAGCUCCCCUCCCCCUGCUCCACCCAGGCGAGACACGUKCCCUCCAGCCAGAUCCACAGACCAAAGCCCUCCCGAUCCACCACCCCGCCCACCCCAAGAGUCUCUAAGAGCAGCUUGAAGCUGGACCUCCAGGGGGAGUCGACCAGCCUUUCUACUAGCACCUCCGGAGGCGAAGGCCUCUCCACAGGGGGCCACAUGGGGGGAGCCACCACCCUUAUCACCAGUGAGGACAGCUGCUUCACCCCCGUGGAGGAGAAGUUCUGCGGCUUYAACGCCUCAGCCGAGCUCAAUUCCUCCAUGGAAGACCUCCUGGAAACCUCAAUAUCGGCAGCCGGCGAUGCCACCACCGUCACCUUCCAAUCGGAAGUGGCCCUGCUAUCGCCAGAGCAAGUCGGGGACAUGCCAGGGGSAGGGGGGGCUGUGGGGACGUACAGUGAGGACGUGACGCAGCACCAGAAGUGCAAGGAGAAGAUGGAGGCGGAGGAGGAAGAGGCGCUGGCCGUGGUCAUGGCCUUGUCGGAGUCACAGGACGCGCUGCCCGUCAUCCCCCAGCUACAGGUGGACAAGGACCAGGACUGCAUCAUCGUCCAGGCAGAUACCCCAGAGACUCUGCCUGGCCUUACCAAAGCAAAGCAGCCCUACAGGGAGGGCCACGAGUGGCUGAAGGGKCAGCAGAUUGGCUUGGGGGCCUUCUCCUCCUGCUACCAGGCCCAGGACGUGGGCACUGGCACCCUGCUGGCAGUCAAACAGGUGACGUAUGUGAGGAACACAUCGUCAGAGCAGGAGGAGGUGGUGGAGGCUCUGAGGGAGGAGAUCCGGAUGAUGGCCCACCUCAACCACCCCAACAUAAUCCGCAUGCUGGGGGCCACCUGCGAGAAGAGCAACUACAACCUGAUGGUAGAGUGGAUGGCAGGUGGGAGUGUGUCCCAUCUCCUGAACAAGUAUGGAGCCUUCAAGGAGGCUGUGAUCAUCAACUACACGGAGCAGCUGCUCCGAGGCCUGGCCUACCUCCAUGAGAAUCAGAUCAUCCACAGAGACAUCAAAGGUGCCAACCUGCUGAUUGACAGCACAGGUCAGAGGCUGCGUAUAGCCGACUUCGGAGCUGCUGCCAGACUGGCCUCUAAGGGCACUGGAGCAGGGGAGUUCCAGGGCCAACUCCUGGGAACCAUCGCCUUCAUGGCCCCCGAGGUGCUACGUGGACAGCAGUACGGCCGGAGCUGUGAUGUGUGGAGUGUGGGKUGUGCCAUCAUCGAGAUGUCWUGUGCCAAGCCCCCCUGGAACGCUGAGAAACACUCCAACCAUCUGGCCCUCAUAUUCAAGAUUGCGAGUGCCACCUGUGCACCCUCCAUCCCUCCCCAGCUGACCGCGGGUCUGAGGGACGUCACCCUGCGCUGCCUGGAGCUGCAGCCCAUGGACCGCCCCCCCUCCAGGGAACUCCUCAAGCACCCCAUCUUCCGUCUCAACUGGUAGUCCCCAACAUCCUCCCCAAGUCCCCUACCCACCCUAUCCCAAAGCGUCCGCACGGAAAUACUACUGAAGGCCUAGCCAAGCCUGCUUUCUCUCCUCUAAACGCUGCCAAUCAGACUAACCUCCCUAAUCGCUACCAUUACCACCUUCCCUUCACCCCAGACCCUCCCCAGUCAUGAGUGGAGGGCCUGGGAUGGACAGUAGUAUCUGGGCUCUCCUCUCUCCCUCCCUUCUACUAUGGCCUCAAACUGCUGUAUCUUAGCACAAAAUGCAAAAAGCAAGUCACAAAAUGUAUUCUACGAAAAUMGUACAUUCUUAGUCAGAGGGCCUUGUUGGUAUACUGUAGUCUGUAUUGCUCUUCAAGGCUUUGUUCUGGUAAUGAAAUGGUUCCAUAAGCACUUUCGUAGCCAUUUUGCAGUGCCGCAAAGGUUUCAAGAAGUUAUUCCCAUUUUAACCCGUGAGUCAAAAAUAAGUCCUUAGAACCGCAAACAGAAGACGAUGGAGUAAAGAUGGUUUUUAUCACUUAUGUUGUAUGGUCAUAAGUCUCAAACUAUGUUUUUGUUUUUAGAGUAGAAAGAAAGGCAUAAUGAAGUGGUUUAAUCGGUUGAUUUUGUGCGUUUCUACAAAGAUGCCUUUAAAAUGUGCAUUUUACUGUUGGGCCAUCAAGCUUAGUCGAAUAAUGAUGAAGAUCACUUAAGUGUUUCAGGGAUUGGUGACAUAUCUAACAGAAACUUUGCUAGUUUGGCAAGCUUAACACUGAAUGUGAACGCUUAUGAUAACGGUACUUGUCUGAAAUGUGUUUUUGUUUUUAAGAUUUUGUUUUUAGGACA